AUAUUUUACGACAAUUAACAGACCCUGUUCGGCAGUGGAGAACUCCAAGCAAAUUUUGCCAAAUACGUGCAGUUUAUGAAGAUGAUCUUGUCUUUUUAGAAAGGCAAAUUUACUUUGAUAUAUUGUGAACAACUGUAGCUCUCACUGAAGUCUUGUCACACUCCAAAAAUGCCUUUAGUGUGAAUAACAAACAUCGAAGUGUACCAUAUUCGGACAAUUGUUAUUCGGAUAGAUAUUCAUUCAUCUGCUUCUUCAGGAAUAUGUCAAACUUUGAUGAGAGAAGUGGCGUGGCAGCAUGUACAACUGCAUGGGGCCGCUGGUACCAGACCAUGGAAGAGGUAUUCAUAGAGGUGAAUCUUGAGGAGGGAACCAGUGGCAGACAGGUCAAAGUCAACAUUACACCCAAAAGAUUACAAGUGUUAGUGAAAGGAGAAACUAUAAUUGAGGGAGAACUAGCAUCAUCAGUAAAGAGUGAUGACAGUGUAUGGACUAUAGAAGACAAGAAGUUUCUGCGAAUAUGUUUAUGUAAAGUAAUGACUACAGCUGACCAGUGUUGGAAAUCAUUGUUGAAAGGCCAGUACGAGACAGAUCCAGGCACGUACGAUGAGAUGGAGAAAAAGCUUACACUUCAAAGAUACCAGUAUGAAACAGAAACUGCAUUUGGAGGAGCUGAUUGACCAGAUUGCUAAGCUGCUGGCAGCUAAUCCUGGUCCAUGUCUGUUUACAUGACAUGUCAUGUUAGUGACUGUAAGACAUAUUACACAAGUUACAUAGUUGUGAAACUGGAAGCCUGUUUCUUCUGCUUGCAGAAUCCAGGGAUGGACUUCAGUAAUGCAGAGAUUACGGGAACUUAUCAUGGUGGAGGACCAGAGUUACCUGGCAGUUAGGGGAGAUACCUCAAUGACAGAUGUUAGAAAUGACAUUUCUUUUGGAUUAGACAUAAAUGAUGUCCUUUAGUAGAAAGCAAAAUGAGGUUUUAAAAAACAAAGAGUGACUUCUCAUAAUGUUUGAACAUGUGAAUUUCUAUUGUUAAAAUCACUAGAAUCUGUAUGUGUACAGUCAACCUAUUGUUUAAUUAAGGUGUCACAGUUCUUUCAUGAAAUAUCAAUUGAAUCAUUUGACUAACUUAUAUAAGAAAUUAAAAUUGUCUUGAAGGAAGACUUGCUUUGAAACCUAUUCAGUAUUGUCACUAUUUGUUAUAUCAUGGCAUUCUAGAACAUCGUGAACAUCUGAAUUUCAAGUGUCUAUAAGUUUGUGAUAAAAACUAUGAAAAUGACACAGACAUAUCAACUGUAUGAAGAAAUGUUUGUCUUACUUCAGAUCAUAAUUCCAAACUUGAAGGAAAAAAUGUACUGCUUUAUUCAGAUAUUUUGAACAUCUCCAAUGGUCAUUGUAAAGUGACUGCUGUUAUUGCUGGAGGUCAUGUGACUGCUGUUAUUGCUGGAGGUCAUGUGACUGCUGUUAUUGCUGGAGGUUAUGUGACUGCUGUUAUUGCUGGAGGUUAUGUGACAACAGGAGAGCACCCUAGACAGAUCCUUGUCCCUUUUUAUGAAUCAUUAGUGACAAAAGAGGCAGAAGUUAAACAUGUGCAGAAUGCCUUAAAAUGACUAACGGGUCUGAUUCAAAGACUGCCUUACAUCAGGGGAACUGACAAUGAGUUUUGAGGGACCACAGUGUUUAUGUUACAACUCAUUUAGUGAACAACUUGCCCAUGUUACAGACAAAUCUGAGAGUCCUGUUGUAUAUUAUGUGAAGUGUACUGAUUGUAAAAAAAAUUACAUUGAAGAAAUAGAGCAUUGAACAUAAGAAUAAAGGAACAAACAUGCAUAUCAGACUCUGCAAUAUGUGAACAUAUUUUGAAUAAUGAACAUACAUCUUCAGCCAUAUUCACACUCUAGUUUAGUAAAAGAUGUCAUUAAAGUCAGUAACACCCCCCAGCAGUUUAACAAGGAUAAGGGCCUCUAAUGAUCACCAGUCUAUAAUGCUCUCCGUCACAUGACCUACAACAAUAUCAGCAGUCAACAGAAGACAAAGACUUUUGAAAUAUUUAAAUAUUGGGGAAGAUUUUCGCUACGAGUUAGGAAUUUUGAAGGAAUCCAGAGAUUUAGUUAUUGGUUCUUUAUUUGUUUGUUUGACCUAGAUAAUGUGUAUCAAUAAAAUAUGAAAAGUAAUAUUCAGAA